AUGCUACCUGUGUCGCGACCCGAGGGUCACAUGAGCCUCAAUUAUAUCCCUACCACCCAGCCCAUGUCUGGGACUUCUACUGGUCGCAGCUCUCCCAGCGACCCGUCCGCGAACGCUCCCAUAAGGCCGCCCUUCGUGUCGUCAAACAGUCUCAAUGGUGCUACAGGCUCGAUAGGAAGUGCAAGAUUAGGGGCUGGAUCCCCUUCUCAUGAACUUGGUGCCCGGUUGUACUCAAAGCGUGCACGCGAGAUACAAGCGGAAGAAGGUGUCUCUCCGUUUUGGGGCCCUCCAACGAGCGGCCAUUCUACUCCCCUGCGCGAAAACAUCCCCGAGUCACCCAGCCAGGAGGGAUUUCCUGACCUGGUGCCUUCUACAAGCGGUGCAAUGAAUGGGCCCGCGCGGAGAACGCGAGCUGGCACGGUUCCCUCUCGGUUCUCGCCAGUCGGUGUUCUCAACGAGGCGAAUCUUCAACAGCCUUUCAUGUCUCAAUCUCAAUCUUCCCGGCCCACACCGUCUACUAGUCCCUUCCGACCUACCGGUGUCAGCGGAAUCGAUACGAGCGUCAAACCUCCGACAACUUUGGGUGGUGGCGGUAGUGGUACAGGCAGUCUCUCUCGUCUUCGGGCCGGCUCAAUGCCGCAGCGGACCAAUAUCCUGGGAUCUGCAGGGCCGUUCGGUCCGUCUUUAUUCUCGACAAGCUGGGCUACUGGGCGUGAUCGCGCGACAACCCUUACUAGCAUUAGAUCUUCCGAGGGACCAACCUCACCCAGUCAAUCAUCCUUUUCGCGCGAUGGACUCACAGAUAGCGACGUGAAGACCUUGGACUACCUUGGACUCGCAGAAACCCCGCAGCAAGCUCGGACCAAUUUUGUACGACCGUCCGUUGAUGUUCUGCUCCAGCAGCAGCAGCAACAGCAACAGCAGACAUCUUCGCUUCCCCCACUUCUUGCUGAGCUCGCGAUGAUCAAAAAUAAUAGUCGAAUCCGCUCUUACUCGGUUAACGCAAAGGAAAAGUAUGCUGAUGACGAGGAGCUUGAGUGCGAAAGUCGCUAUUCUCAACUGCCCUCAGGGGCCAUUACACCGUCCGCAGCUGCUACGGCCGCCCAGCUGGCUGCAACCCAAGCGCAGAUUCAUCAGCAUAACCUCGCUGUGCAAGCUUUUGCAAACCACGCGACAGCCAAUCGCCCACGCGCAAGGACUGCAGGUAUCCUCGAAGCACCCCCUCAGCGAUCUUCCAUUCGCAACUAUCUUGCAACCCCUUCCCGCCUCGAGAACAGUUUCAGCGCGGCCGAUUUGAACAUCGCUGAAACUGGUGAAUAUGAUGAGUUGACGGAGGCCGUUCAGAUGUUGCACCUAGGCGGAGCCGGUGGCGCCAACAUCGGUCUGCGCUCUACUGCGGAAGUGGACGAGGCUAACCAGGAUGGCCCAACUAGGGCGCUGUGGAUAGGCAGUAUUCCCGUUUCGACUACCGUCACUUCCCUGGAAGCCAUUUUCAGCAUGUAUGGAAAGAUCGAAUCCACCCGUGUACUAACCCAUAAAAAUUGUGGUUUUGUCAACUUUGAGCGCAUCGAGAGCGCUAUUCAGGCCAGGUCGCUGCUGAAUGGAAAGGAAAUCUUCCCCGGUGCUGGCGCUGUCCGAAUUGGAUAUGCCAAGGUACCCGGAUCGUCCAACGCUGGCACACCUGGAGUCAACGGUGCCCAGUCUUCCCCUACUCCUGAUCCAAACUCAAAGUCAUCCGCUCCUGACGCGGACAAACUCAGCAGCGGUUCAACUGUUCCUCAGCUGCCCGCUCUUCCUGAGCUUCAGCCCGAAAUGGUGCAUAUUGUCAAGGAAUUCGGUGCAACGGAGGACGACACCAUGAAGAUCAAUGCCAGUAUCCAACAAGCAAUUUCCUUCCAAUGUUUUAACGACGAAAUACCGUCCAUUCCUGAGCCCAAUCAAACCAGAAUGUUUGAUGCCCCUCGUCUUCGCGACAUCCGUAAGAGGAUCGAUAAUGGGAAUUGUUCAAUACAAGAAAUUGAGGAAACCGCGAUCGCAAUGCUUCCCGAGAUUGCCGAGCUUGCUUCCGAUUAUCUAGGCAACACCGUUGUUCAGAAACUGUUCGAAUACUCUUCCGAGCCUACGAAAGAACGAAUGCUUGUUCCAAUUGCACCUCAUCUCGGUGAGAUUGGUGUACACAAGAACGGUACCUGGGCAGCGCAAAAGAUCAUCGAUGUCGCGAAAACGCCAACGCAGAUGCGGAUGAUCGUGGAUGCUCUUCGGCCAUACACCUUACCUCUCUUCUUGGACCAAUACGGCAACUAUGUCCUCCAGUGCUGCCUAAGAUUUGGGUCUCCGUUUAAUGAUUUCGUCUUCGAGACCAUGUUGAGCCGUAUGUGGGAAGUUGCUCAGGGUCGUUUCGGAGCUCGCGCUAUGCGUGCUUGUCUUGAAAGCCACCAUGCCACGAAGGACCAGCAGCGAAUGCUGGCAGCAGCCAUUGCCUUGCAUAGCGUGCAGCUUGCCACUAAUGCCAACGGUGCCUUAUUGCUCACAUGGUUCUUGGAUACCUGCACUUUCCCUUGCCGACGGACCGUGUUAGCACCAAGACUGGUUCCCCAUCUUGUGCACCUCUGCACGCACAAAGUUGCUUAUUUGACAGUCCUCAAGGUCAUCAAUCAGCGCAACGAGCCUGAGGCGCGCAAUAUCGUACUAAAAGCUCUGUUUUUCAGUCCGGGUGAUGAAGUGCUGGAAAAGAUUCUAAGCGAUCAGACGUCCGGUGCCACUUUGAUUUUCAAGGUUCUGACAACGCCUUGCUUUGACGAGUCAAUGCGACCGGAAGUUGUGAAAAAUGUCUCGAAAGUGCUUACUAAACUCAAGGCUACACCAAGCCAGGGCUAUAAACGAUUGAUGGAUGAGGUUGGAAUGUCCUCGCGGGGCGGCUCCCGCGACAAUCACCAUCGUGAUAACACCUCAGGCUCUGAGAAACAACAGCAUCGGCCUGCGUCCCGGCAAACGACUGCUACUUAUCCGUCGCAGCCACCUCUUGAAAGGCAGUAUAGCGGGCAGUACCCUAUCAUGGGCCAAAAUCUUGAGUCCGCUCGGCCCAUGUCAUCGGAACAGCCUCAUAACAUGCAAUUUGAGUCUUAUCCUAUUAACGGAGUGAACGCUAUGAACGGUAUGGGUGGCGUUAACGGCUCCACCUUCGGCCAGGACCCCAUGGUGCCUCUCGCGCAACAGCAGAUGCAGUACCAAGCGUAUCUGGCCGCCCAGUCUCGGGGGGUAUCUCCAGGUCUUUAUCCUGCUUUGGGUAACUCUACGUACGGAUAUCCUGCUGGCUCGGAUAACCUCCGGGCUAUGCAAGCUCAACCUGGCCAAAUCAAUUCAGGCCCUAUGCUCAGUCAGUCGCCUUACGCGCCUCAGCAAUUUAGUCCUGUCAUGGGCUCAGCCCAGAUGUAUCAGUACCCCCCUCAGUUCUACUCUCAAGCGGCCCCUAUCCAAGGACAACCGUCUGGGGGGCGACGUGGACGUUACUAUUACUAUUUCAUGACCGAGAUUAUGAUGACGAACGUUCUACUGGGAUAUGGUUCAAUUGUUACUUCUCAAUAUGAUUACCAAUACUAUACGAAGACUACCCCUUUCGUCGAAAGCCAGACCACUCACCUUUUCGCAUCGCUGGCCGCGUCAGGCUCCGGAAGCUUUAUCGAUGCGUCGGGAUUCAAGUUCUCCGAGAAGGAUACCAAGCCGGGAAAGAUCAAGCUGAAGAAGCCGGGAAAGCUAGGGAAGAAGAAAGACAAAGAGCCACCAAACUCCCCCGGUUCAUCGCCCAUUCUACCGGAGAUCGAUGAGAAGACGAUGUCUGUCUUCCCAACAGGAAAGCCGCGCGAGGAAGACCAUCUCGAAACUGUAGUUUGCAAGACAUGCAAGAGGCCGGUUCUCAAGCAGAACGCCGCGGACCAUAUCCGGGGAUGUAUAAGGGCAAAGCAGGAGAAGGCGCGGAAGAGGAAAGAGCUUCGAGACGCGACUAAUCGGGCCAAGGCUGGAGAGAAGGAAGGCGACGAGGAGGGUGCAGGUGGCGACAAAGUUGGUGAGGGGGACGAGUCCGUGAAGGCGCAGAAGGGUGCGAAGAAGAGUGCUGUCAAGGGGAUGGCGGAGGAUGGGACGAAAAAGGGCAAGAAGCGUAAGGCAGAGGGCGACGAAGAGAACAAGGAUAAAGAGCCGAAGAAGAAAAAGAAAAAGGAGGAGCAGAAGCCCAAGGCCGCGAAGCCAAAGGGCCCUGUUGAUGUUGAGAAGCAGUGUGGUGUGCCUUUACCGAAUGGUGCUCAGUGUGCGAGGUCGUUGACCUGCAAGAGUCAUUCUAUGGGUGCGAAGCGUGCAGUGCCUGGACGCUCUUUGCCGUAUGAUAUGCUGCUUCAGGCUUAUCAAAAGAAGAACCAGGCUCGCCAGCAGAAGGCGGCUAUUGACGCGAACGCGCCGCUCCAAGAUGACCUGGAGAACAACGGCCCUGUCGACUCAGAUGAAGAGAAAGAUGCGGUCAUGGCGGCGAUUUCUCGUUCACACCCGCAGCCCUUGGUCAGACAUACUCUGAUAUCUACCAAGAAGAAGUACCAGUUUGUGCGGAUCAAGGAGAUGCUCUCGCAUGCGCUCGGCGGCGCCCGCGGCGGAGGACUCUUCUCGACAGGGGAUCAAGUCAACAGUCCGGUUGAGGGGAACCUCUUUCAGCCGAUAAACGAUAUCAGUAUCGAUAUGUCCGAUGUGCCGGACGAUCUCGGCAACAAUUCCAAUCUACCCACGCUGGACGUUGCAAGGAAAACUCCGGUAGCAGCGGGGUCUUAG